AUUGGAGCAUUUCAUCGAGCAGGUCACAUGCAUAGGUUUCACAAAUUGGUACCUUUUUAUGGUUUCUGUUCACUCACUUUCAUUCAUCCACCUGCCACUUUGGAACCCCUUUAUUAAAUUUCUUGGAAUUCCAUUACAAUUGCCAAUAAAUUAUAAACCCAUCUCUCUUAAUGGUGCUCAUGUGAGCUUUUUACCUUCUAAGAUAGAGAUAAAGGUACGUUUGUUGUUAGAAGAUAAUGCAAGACUCAAUUGGAAUCCCGGCUUGUUUCUCCGCCGGGGACAAGCCCGAAGACUCCACAACAAUAACCAAAUCGGGCCAGAGCGUUUUCAUGUCGGUUUACAAGACCAACAUCGCGGAUCAAUGUCGUUUGAUCACCGUCACCUGGUGCAAAAACCUACUACUUCACGGCCUAUCGGUGUCUAUCGAAGGCCCGGAAGCCAAAUACGCAUGCAAAGUCGAGCUGAAGCCAUGGAACUUUUGGCGAAAACAAGGGUCGAAAAGCUUCUUAAUCGACGGGACCCCUCUCGACAUUUUCUGGGACCUCAAAUCCGCCAAAUUCCACGGCGAAACUGAGCCCAUUUCAGAAUAUUACGUCGCGGUUGUCUCUGGAGAAGAAGUUGUGCUUGUUCUUGGUGACAUGAAGAAAGAUGCGUAUCGAAAAACCGGGUGUAGACCCUCGUUAAUCGACCCUGUUUUAGUGUCGAGAACCGAACAUGUUUAUGGGAAGAAAAAGUUUCAAACAAGAGUUAAGUUACGUGAAAGAGGGGGUUUUCAUGAGGUUUCAAUUGAGUGUAUGAAAAGAAACAGUGAUAUAGAGAUGGAGAUAAGAAUAGAUGGUGAUUUGGUGAUUCAUGUGAAGCAUCUUCAAUGGAAGUUUAGAGGGAAUGAAUUGAUAUAUUUUAAGAAAGCAACCAUUGAAGUUUACUGGGAUGUUCAUGAUUGGCUUUUUAGUCCUGGUUGUUUAAGGCAUGCAUUGUUCAUCAUUAAGCCGUCUUCUCUGGCCGCUUCGCCGCCUCGGCUACCGCCGGUGUCACCAUCUCCGGCAGGCGUUUGUUUGUAUGAAUUUUGCCUCUUUCUAUAUGCAUGGAAGGUUGAGUGAUAGAAAAUGUUUCUUUAUUAUUUUAUAUUGUUGUUAUAUUUGUGUUUGAAAAGGUUAAACAAAUUCAUAUAUUAUAUUUUUGGUAGAUUUUAGUUA